AUGUCCGCCUCCCCCAAUUUCGCUUUGGUUGCCCAUGGUCCGAUCUUCAUCGGGACCACGAUCAAUAUUAUCCUCUAUGGGGUCUCCAUCGCGCAGACGUACAUGUAUUUCACAUCGUAUAAGGGGGAUCGAUUGUGGAUGAAGCUUGUCGUUUUGUUUAUAUUUCUUGCCGACACGCUGAACAGUGUGCUGGACAUCGAGUAUACAUACGACUCACUCGUCAAUCACUACAAUGACCCGGCCGCGAUACAGAAGGCGAACUGGGUUUUUGCCACAGAUCCCGCCAUGACGGCGAUCAUUGGGACCACUGUACAGCUCUUCUUUACAUGGAGAGUGAAGGUCCUUACAGGUAGCAACAUCGCUGUGGCAGCGCUGAUCUUUGGCUCCUUCAUCUCCCUCCUUGGCGGCCUGGCGACGGCCGCCGCCAUCAGCAGAGUGCCAGAAUGGCUACAGUUUCAGAAAUUCAAGGCCCCAGUCAUUGUUUGGCUAGGGACAUCCGCUUUGGUCGACAUGGCUAUUACUGUCUCCUUGACAUGGCACCUGCGGAAAUACAAGGGAGGCUUCAAGGGGUCAAAUGAUAUACUGAACAGGAUCAUUCGACUUACGGUGCAAACGGGGCUCAUAACUUCCAUCUGGGCCAUCAUAGAUUUAUCAGUAUACCUUGGCCGCGCGAAUGGAGUUCAUCUUGCUUUCAACUUUCCUCUGGCCAAAUUAUACAGCAACUCGCUUUUGUCCAGCUUGAAUUCCCGAAUCGGAUGGGAUUAUUCCACGAGCGACGAAGAUCACGGUCAUACUAUCAGCAUGGGCAGGCGGCCUGACUUCCUAACACUAGCGAGUAGCAGAGUACGUCCAGAGGUCUUCAUCGACGUCGAGUCAGAGUCCCAUGAGAUGGGCACUGUGGAUCGUGGCCACAAGGUCACCGUGCCGGAACUUACGAAGUCGAGCUCUUCGAGCUCCAGCAAACUUCAAGAAAAGAAUGCAAUAUCGGACGAUGUAGUAUGA